AUGUUUUCAGACACUACUGAAGAGAAAGUGAAAGAUUUAUUAACAAUGUUAUUAUUAGCUAAAGAUACAGAUACAGGAGAGGGACUUUCUACCUCACAAAUUAGAGAUCAUGUUAUGACUUUCUUAAUAGCUGGACAUGAGACUGUCAGUACUGGAAUGUCAUGGUUUUUAUUACAAAUGGCCAGAAAUCCUGAGAUGCAGAAGAGAUUACAUGAUGAGGUUCAGUCUAUUUUGCCGUCUGAUGAUGAACCACUUACAGCUGAGCAUAUAGAUCAAAUGACCUACUUGAAUUUAUGCUUAAAAGAGACACUUCGGUUAUAUCCACCAGCACCCAUGACAUUUCGUCAAGCUAUGAGAGAUGAUACAUUAUGUGGUUAUUUCAUCCCUAAAGGAACUGUUUUGAAUAUACAAGUUGGAGCUUUACAAAGAAAUCCAAAAUAUUGGACAGAUCCAGAAGACUUCAUUCCAGAAAGAUUCCAAGAUGAAAGUAAAAUCUACCCUUAUUCCUAUUUACCAUUUAUAGCUGGAACCAGAAUGUGUAUUGGUUAUAAAUUUGCUCUAUUGGAAAUGAAAGUUGUAUUAGCAAUGUUGAUGAAAGAAUUUCAUUUUGAGCUUCUGCCAGAUAUAACCUAUACCAAGAAACAAGCCAUUACAAUGAAACCCAAUCCAUCUUUAAAAUUAAAGGCUACCUUGAUCAACAGUUAAAGUGACAGUGUGUGCAAGGGUAUUUUUUAAAUGUAUUUUUUAAAAUAGCUGUUAUAACCAAGUGACUUUCAUAAAACAAUAAUUAAAUGAAUUCAAUG